AUGGGGGCCCCCCCUGCGGGGGCCCCCCCAGUGGGGGGGGCCCCCCCAGGGGGGCCCCCCACAGGGGGGGCCCCCAGCAGCAGGCAGCCUAGCUCUGCUGCUGCUGUUGCGCUGCUGCAGGAGGGCCUGAAAUACCUGGAGGAUUUGCAUGUGGUGGAGCAGCAGCAGCAGCACGCGCAGAGACAGCUGACGAUGCAGCACCUGCUGAACAGCAGCAGCGACCCAGAGGGCCUCGCGGAUGCAAUAGAUCAGGCUGCUGCUGAGGAGACAGAAAGAGCAGCAGAAGCGGAGACAAGGAUUAAGGAGGCCCUCAAAGAUAAACAAAAAAGAAUAGUAAAGGAGACAGAAAGAGAACGGCUGAUUCACCCGAAGGUAAAGGACGUGUAUUUGUUAUCUCAUUUGCUGCUGCAGCAGAUGCAGCAGCUGCACGGGCGUGUGUUUCAGCCGUUUACGACAUUAGGUGUCGAUACACCGCAGGAGCUGCAGCAGCACAUAACAGCUAGCCAGCUAGCCCCGCUAGCAGCAGAGUAUGAGGCCCAGCUAGCUAGAGCCCCCCUACACCCCCCUGCUACAGACGGGAGACAGAGAAUACAAACCCUCGCCAGACCCGAUCCCCACGAUCCCAACGAUCCCAACGAUCCCAACAACCCUGUGGGGUUUGUCUCUCUUGCUCGCUUCUUUGAGGAGACAGCUGCUCUCCCCCAGCUGCUAAGAGAUGCAGGAAAUAUAAGCGGAGAUGAAGCAGCAGCACAGCAGCAGACUCUAACAGCAGCAGCAGCAGCAGCAACAGCAGCAGCAGCAAGAGACAGCAGCAGCAGGAACCAAGCCCCUCGUUCUAAGCCGCAUGCGCUGCAGCUUGUUGCUGCAGAAGCUGCGGAGACUGAGAAGAAGAAGAAGAAACAGAAACAGAAACAGAAAAAAAAAAAAUAA